CACAUCAUAAUUAAUAUCUCUUAGAAAUUUACAAGUAAAACAGCAUAUUCCAAGCAUUGAAUAAUUAAAUUGUACUAAUAUAUUAUACCGACAACAUAACUGUAUGAUUAAUUACAUUAGGGUUGUUAAUUAAUAUUAAAAUGGAAGAAUGAAAUCUCAUGACUGUACUAAAUCCUAAAUGGUUGUCUCCUUAUCAAUGUACUAAAACCAUCUAUACAUACUCAUUUUAUUUUGUCUUUAUACAUUUUAAAAGUUUGAUAACAACCACUGACCUCAAACUUUUAGAAUGUAUAGUCUCUGGGUUAAGCAAACAGAAGGAUAUAUAAGUCUGAAAAUAAAGAUCUUUUGAAAUAAGUUUUAUACACGUUAUAGCGUAUAUACCUUUCUAUGUUUGAAAUAUCAAAUUUAACUUAAUUUUAAAUCUUAAAAAUUCGCUUAUUAUCCGUUAAAAAAAUACCUAACCAACUUAUUUUAAACGCUAUCGAUUUGUAAUCAAUAUUUACACACUUUCUUAAGCGACAGGUUUUAAUUCUACAACUAGGUACAUGUAGUAAUAAUUACAUUUCAAUUACAAGACAAUAAGUGUUAAAUUUACAAAAUGUCGCUUGAAGGGAUAAAAGAUUGUUAACUUUGAAAUUGAAUUAUUGUCAGUUUUAAAAAACAAACGCCAGAGGGAGUACUUAUACGUGAAAGUAAUAAAUUGGGAAGAUCUGCUUUUCUUGUUAAAAUAUAUUGAUUUACAUGGAGUAACAUACAUAAUUUUGGUAUUUUAUAAAGAAAAAAAAACGAAGAAGGGAUAAAAGCAUUAAAUGUACAAGAGAGUCUAUUGAAAAGUAAACACUAACAGACAGUGACUUUAUAAAGAAUAUUCGCGAAUGUUAAAUUUAGUGAUUCAGUUAUAUAAAAAAAAAGUUUUUAUAGGAACGUGGAAUUAACACUGCCUUUAAAUAACACAACAAAUUCUAAGUGGAGAAGAAUAGAAAAAGACGUAAUAAAGGGGAAAGAAGUGACAUACAUGUAUAUACUAAAAAGCAAUAUCCGAGAAAAUAUGCGAAUAAGACAAAACUGACAAAAAAUAUAAUAUAGGUUUUAGUGCAAGUGAAAAUCGCGAUUUGGUUCCAUGGAAACAAUGGCUGUAACGUUUUUGAAGAAGUUACCACGAAUUCUAAUAUGGCUAUGUCUAAUUUCUUUAUUUUUCGCGAUCAACUAUGUAAUUAUAGAUAGUUAUAACUCAUUUCAAGGGAAUCCAACUCAAAGUAAAACUAGUGGUAUGCAUAUUUCAAAAACCGUGGCUUAUAGUAAUGCCAGUACUAAACUUAAAAAGAACAAUCUUGUUAAUCAUGAUAAGAUAAAAGAUAAACAAGCCGGAACAAAGAAGAAAGAAAGUCAAGAAUCAAAACUGCACAAAAGCAAACCUAAGAAAUCCGAGUAUGCAGACAAACUGUUAAAACUGACCAAUAAAACACCAAGGAAAAUUAUAGACAUCAUGGGUCUUCCACCAAUUAAAUUUGAUCAACGGUACAAAAAUCCAUGCUUCAUCGGUGACGUCAACAAUCCAUUGUUUCAAGAUGGCAGACUACAUUGUCUGCCAUAUUUCUACAUCAUAGGAGUUAAGAAAAGUGGUACCUCUGACUUUUUCAACAGAAUCGCAGCGCAUCCAGAAUUUCAGACACCAAGUUUCAAGGAGGCACAAUGGUUUCCUAGGUUACGCGCCGGUAUAGACACUAAAUUUAUCACAGAAAGAUCCGAUUUUAAAAAUACUAUCCAAAAAGGUAUUGAUAAUCGUAGUAUAAAGUUUUACAUCUCAAUGUUUGAUAGCGCAGCAGACGGCAUUCAGAAUUGCACGAGACGGAGGGUCACCACUAAUAAAUGUAUAACUG